AUGUCAGAGGAUAAUUUUCGCAAUAACUUCCCUAAUGGCUUUGCUGUACCAAACCCCUGUGGAUCUGGAUAUUGGAAUGGCGUCGGACAUUAUAAUUCUAAAGGCGGUGGAACUUUAAACCCGUUCGGAACUGACUUCAACAAUAAUUAUCAGCGGUGGACUAUAGCUUUAUGUAAUGCUGAUAGUGAUGGUGAUGGAAAAACAAAUGGCCAGGAACUGGGUGAUCCGUUUUGUGAUUGGUACGCUGCUUCGGCUGCGAAUGCUAAUCUCCGAGCUGCUACCAGUCAUCCAGGUAUAUGCGAACCGAUUGGUUCUCCAGCAUGUGCAGCCCAAGAAGGAAAGUUUUCGUGUUAAAUGAACUUUAUUAAAAAUAUACCAUUUCCUUUGUUUUCGGUUGGUUUUCCAUCAUGUGCAGCACAAGAGUGGGUGUUUUCGUGUUAAAUGAACUUUAUA